GUUCGCCGCAUUCCACCCCGCUCAGUAUCUAAAAUCUGCGCGAACGCAUUCCUAUCGCAUUCCAAACAUUCCGCUCGUGGAGUUUCUUCUAUGUGCGCUGUGUGUAUCGCUCGAUUCGAGCGCGAGUGUGAACUUAAAUGUCAAAUAAACAAAACCCCGCGCGCACCGCACAAAAAGGAAUUUCAAUUGGAAAUCGGUUUUGAGGCGCGUUCGAGCACGGCGACGGCAAUUUUUCCCCCCAAAACCCAGAAGAAAAAUUCCACUGGCCGCGAAGAGUUCUGGCUGUGAAAAGCGGGUGAAAAAGUGCAAAACAGUUUAGCGUGAAAUCGCGCGACAAAAAGCAUCAGUUUCGCAGUGAAACGGUCGGUCGAGUCGAGAUUUCAGAUUACAACGUCGAGAUUGGCGUUUGUUGUUUUUCCAGAGCAAUUUCGCGUUGUGCGAUUAGCCGUGGAGUUGUUCAGUUCAAGUGUUGUGACUCUUUCGAGAGCUGCUGUGGAAUUCGUCGCGUGAUUAGCUUUUUGCGGAUUGAGCUGGUAUCAGACCCUGGGCAGGCUCGAGGACGACUGUGACCCGUGAACGCUAGCCUUCCGGCCUUAUCUACAAAUAACGAGACUGCUUUGGAGGCCUAAAAAUUAGCUGAGGAGCAAGGGACAUUCCACGACCCGACCGAACUGCCCGCAUUUUUGUUGAUUUCUAUGUGGGAGCAACAAAACAAUAGUCACGGUCCGCGCCUGCCCCCGUCCGCACUUACCGCGACAGCGAGUGAGAAAAUUUCUUUUGGAAUGCGGCUGGCAAUUGUCUGAGCUGUGGGACCGCACAUUGCCACUCAGCCGUCGAGCGAGCCAGCUGCUGCUGAACAGCAGGCCCCAAUUCUGCACCGGCCGUCAUCGUCGCCGCCGUCUUGAAACAUCGCGAAGAGCCCGCAGUCGACAGAUAUUCACAGCUCCUCCGGGCCCUCGAGGUAGUCCAGGCCGGCCUGCAGUCUAUCGAGUACGCCCCAGUCCCAGUCGCCGCAUUCAUGUUUUAUUGAUUUUUCGUCAUCGUGCCUAUCUCCGGUUUGUUUGCGAGCCCGCGCACUCAGUCGCCUCCCUCGCCUCCGGCUCCGUCAUUCGACACCCUAUCCACGUUCUCCCUGCCUCGAGGGAUAUCUUCACAUUCCCUGCCAGCACACGGCCCAACCUCUAAGAACCCUCGCAUCAGUACCCCUCGUACUCACGUCUUCCCAACGGCUUGUGCGCGUAAAGGACAUUGAAACGUAAACACAGAGCAGAGGGAAAGGAAAAGUCGAGAGCGGAAAGUGUCAACCAAGGACUGUUGGGAGUUCAUUCGCUCGAGUUCAUAAGGAGCGCGUCCUGUCUCGGCCUCAAGUUACAUAAAAGCCGAUCCAAAACGGAUAAUCUAGAAACCCCAACGGAUUGUUUUUCGGGGAGCGUUUGGGCUGCUCCACUCGUCAGCGAAGUGAAAGUCCACGCCAGGAUAUCGACGUUUCCAGCCUCAGUGUUUAACGACCCAAAUGUCUGUAAUGGAAUCGCCACUGGAGGUGCUAUCGCGGGCGGCCACGAUGGUCCAGGACAACGCAAACGAAGCUCGCCUAACUACCAAAGAACUGCCAACAACAAAAUGGCGUCGUGAUCGUCGUUUACGUGCAAACGAAUAUCAUCACCAUUCACAUUCAUCUUCAUCAUCAAUGUCACCAUUGUCACCCCAAAAUUUACAUCAUCCGCAUUCACCUCAAAACAGUACGAACAACACCAAUGGCAACAUGGUCAGACCACUCAGUGAAACCACACAGAAUUCUAUAACAGAAACACCAUUGGAUAUGUCAGUGACAUCGGCUAUGGUAAAGCAACGUAGCCCGCCACCACCCUACAGAGAACCAUUGCCAGGAUCUACAUUUGCCACGGCCUUAGCUCGACCUAGCGUCAUAACUCAGGCUCCUCCAAAACGUGAUAGCAACAACCAUAAUCAGAAUUUCAAUUCAAUCUCGAAUCGUGAAAAUGACAAUAGUGUAACUGCAGAAUCGAAUUCCGUAUGUGAUCCCGUGAUCGAUGAGCAUUUCCGUCGGUCCUUAGGCGCUGACUACAUGAACCUUUUCAAGAAGAAAUCAUCACCGCCCACAUCGUCAGCGUCAUCACCCCAAGAACCGCAACCAGCACCGCCUGGACCCCAACAAAAGGAUGAAGAAUCCGAGGAGCAACAUUCGCCAAAACAUCGAACAACAGUCACGGUUAACGGAGAAUCUGUCGGUACAUCGGUAGACGAUCACUUUGCCAAGGCACUAGGGGACACCUGGAAGAAACUGCAAGCAGAUAAAGCUAAAAAUGACGAAUAAAUCUAAAUUCUAGUUUUAAGGAGAUACAUUUACAUUUACAAUUACACAACUAGCGUAAAUGCUCUGAACGGGAAGUGAAUGAAAAUGCAACGUUGAGCCGUUGUAUUUGUUAUUUUUAUAAAAUGUAAUGAAUUACAAAACAAACAUGAUUACCGAAAAAUUAACUAAUAUAUCUUAUUGAUGACAUGCUUGAAAUAUUCUUGGUAGAAAGUCUAAAGUUUUAUGAAUGAUUGAAUGAUUUAUCGCGUUCUUAAGUACAUAAUCUGUAGUUGUAAGGAUUUAUCUAAAUAUGAAGAGAAUAAAGAAGGCAUAAUGUGACCGUGAUCUAUGACUUAAUUAUUGUAUUUGUGUUAAAUUUUCUUGAAACGACGCUACUGAACAUUUAUUUUUCAUAAAUUCUCUUUAUUUCGUUUUAAGAUCAAUGAAUUCCUAUAAAUUUAAUAUUAUUUUGAUUCCUCCUAAUUUUAUUCUAGUUUUAAAGAGACGUCUGAGGUGUAUUUUUUCUUGCUCGCUAUGUAAAAUAUUGAUAGAAGGGAUAUCCGAAAGUAUCAGAAAACUCAUACAUUUGUACAUUAGGGUAUAAAUAUUAUAAAUUUUAUCUGGAAUUUGUAUGAUUAUUUUUUGUCACCUGUGGUGAAUAUAUGAAUACGUUAAUCUUA